AUGCAUUGUUUGUUGGCUCAGUGGGACUGAAAGUCAAAAGAGAAGAAGGGGUUUACUGAAACAAAUUCUUUCAGAAACAAAAACAAUGAAAUAACUCUUCGAAUUUACCCAAGCAAUCCCUCCCCUUGAACCAUACUCUCAGCUAAAUAUAUAAAACCCCAUUGCAGUUCAGUUCAGUUUCACUCCCAGAUCAAUAAAAUCUCAAAAAAAUGGGGGCAACAGUGAAAAUGGAGAAGAACACGACGAAUCCAUUGACGAAGGAGCAGAAGGGGUUCUUAGCAAUGAAGGGAUGGAAACUGAAGACGAAGCAGCAAGAAUUGUUGAUUCGGGUUUCGAUCUUGCUGUUGGUGUAUGUCCUUGCGUUCAUCACCCGGCUUUUCAGCGUCCUGAGAUACGAGUCGAUGAUCCACGAGUUUGAUCCGUAUUUCAAUUACAGAACCACUCUGUAUUUGACCCAGAAGGGGUUUUAUGAAUUCUGGAACUGGUUUGAUUACGAGAGUUGGUACCCUUUGGGUCGAAUUAUUGGCGGAACCCUUUAUCCUGGUCUUAUGGUUACUGCAGCAAUUAUUUAUUGGGGAUUGAGAUUUCUCAGGUUUGCUGUUCACAUUCGUGAGGUGUGUGUGCUUACGGCGCCCUUUUUUGCUUCCAAUACCACUUUGGUUGCCUACUUCUUUGGAAAGGAGCUGUGGGACUCUGGUGCAGGGCUUGUAGCCGCAGCAUUGAUUGCCAUUUGCCCUGGUUAUAUCUCUAGGUCUGUAGCUGGAUCAUAUGAUAAUGAAGGGGUGGCUAUCUUUGCGUUGUUGCUUACGUUCUAUCUCUUUGUAAAGGCAGUGAAAACUGGUUCCCUCGCUUGGGCAUUGGCCUCAGCUUUUGGAUACUUUUAUAUGGUUUCAGCCUGGGGUGGUUAUGUCUUCAUAAUUAACUUGAUCCCACUCUAUGUGUUGGUUCUCUUGAUUACUGGGAGAUAUUCGAUGAGAUUGUAUGUGGCUUACAACUGCAUGUACGUUCUAGGAAUGUUGCUUGCCAUGCAGAUUCGUUUUGUGGGUUUCCAGCAUGUGCAAUCUGGAGAGCAUAUGGCCGCAAUGGGAGUCUUCUUCUUGAUGCAGGUCUUUUACUUCUUGGAUUGGGUUAAGCACCAGCUGAAUGAUCCAAAAUUAUUCCAUGCUUUCUUGAGGAUUACAGUAUCAUCUGCUGUAGGUUUGGGUGCUCUUGCCUUAGGUGUUGGCACUGCAUCUGGGUACAUCUCACCGUGGACAGGACGAUUUUACUCAUUGCUAGAUCCAACAUAUGCAAAGGAUCACAUUCCCAUUAUAGCAUCUGUGUCUGAGCAUCAACCGACAGCAUGGUCAUCGUUCAUGUUUGAUUUCCAUAUACUUCUUAUCCUUUUCCCAGCUGGGCUGUAUUUCUGCUUCAAAAGGCUGUCAGAUGCCACAAUUUUUAUAAUGAUGUAUGGUCUUACAAGCAUGUAUUUUGCUGGCGUCAUGGUUCGGUUGAUUCUUGUAGCUACACCAGCUGUAUGCCUGAUUAGUGCUAUCGCUGUCUCAGCCACCAUAAAGAAUCUCACUCAGGUGGUUAGGUCGAAACCAAAGACAAGUCCUAGUGGUUCCAGCAAGGGAGCUACUGGUGCGAAGGCGGCUGCUAAGGGUUCAUUUGAUCAGUCUCUUCCGUUAGAAAGAAAUGGUGCUAUUGCAUUACUUCUUGGUGCAUUUUACUUGCUGAGCAGAUAUGCCAUUCAUUGUACUUGGGUUACUUCAGAAGCAUACUCCUCCCCAUCAAUUGUAUUAGCUGCCAGGGGUGCCCAUGGGAACAGAGUCAUUUUUGACGAUUACCGUGAAGCGUAUUUUUGGUUGCGGCAGAAUACCCCUCCUGAUGCCAAGGUCAUGUCUUGGUGGGAUUAUGGCUAUCAGAUCACUGCAAUGGGAAACCGUACUGUUAUUGUGGACAACAACACAUGGAAUAAUACACACAUUGCAACCGUUGGCCGUGCUAUGUCAUCUUAUGAGGAUGAAGCAUAUGAGAUAAUGAGGUCGCUGGAUGUGGAUUAUGUGUUGGUUGUGUUUGGAGGUGUUACAGGUUAUUCUUCUGAUGAUAUCAACAAAUUCCUCUGGAUGGUGAGAAUUGGUGGUGGAGUUUUCCCUGUCAUAAAGGAACCCGAUUACCUGGUUAAUGGCGAGUAUCGUGUUGAUAAGGGAGCUGCACCAAAGAUGUUGAACUGUCUUAUGUACAAGCUAUCUUAUUAUCGUUUUGGUGAGCUGACUACUGAAUAUGGAAAACCUCCUGGAUAUGAUCGAGCAAGGGGCGUUGAAAUUGGAAAUAAGGACAUCAAGCUUGAACAUUUGGAGGAGGCUUUUACAACAUCAAACUGGAUUGUAAGAAUUUACAAAGUCAAACCACCCAAUAACAGGUGGUGAGCGCGUUUUCGAUGCAAGAUCACCUCCACGGCUCCACCACCCUCUUUCUUGUCAGGACAAAAAGAUAUUCGUAGUGUUGAGUGUUGGGAAGAGAUGUUGAUUAUAUUGUGAGUUAGUAAUUUAUAGUUUUUUUACUGUAAACAUUUGAGGCUCCAAAUCUUCGGGAUCCCUUUUUUGCAGAAUCAGAUAGGACAACUUUUUAACUGUAGUUAAAUCUAGUGUUCAAAACGUUCGAUGAUAUUCAUAAUGCAUUUCUCAUGUUUUGUUCGGAA